AGCUCAUAGUCUUUUUCAAUUAAAAUUGCGACAUUUUAACGAUAUGGCAUAAUAUCUCAAUAUUCGACAGCAAGCUAACCAACUUUAUAUUUAUAUGUAGAAAUAUCAUACAAAUAAUAUUUUGGGCAAAUAUCAAAUUUGCCAAAUCAAAUACUGAACUAUGUACUUUGAACUAACAAAUCAAAUGCUCCCUCACGAAGCAUACAUGAUGGAAGCGGCAGACUGUACGCACUUUCGAGAUUUCCAUGAGUAUGAUUUCGAAAGUAAUGUAGCGUUUCAAAAAGGUUGGCAGCAGAUAGCACAACGCUUGAGGGAAGAAACAGACGCAGAUGCUGGCUCUCAACUAUUGAAGGCUAAGGCCUUCUUUUACUCAAGAUUUCAUAAACCUAUUGAUGUGGACAAAUAUAAACAGUGGCUCCUUCAAAAUGUGAUAUUAACAGAAGGUAAUACAUGCACAGAAGAUAAUUCUGUUCACAAGGAUCCAAAGUCAAAGGAAAUUUGUAGUCCAGAUAAAAAUGAGUCUGGAUCUACAGAGCUACUUCCAGGUACUGAAAGCUCUAAAACAAGACUAAAAGUUCCCCAGUCUUCUGAUACUGAACCAUUUCAAACAGAUUUAGUGCAAUGUCAUAAGGAGAAUUCUAAACAAUUGACUGAUGAGAAUGACGAGGUAAAAAACAUACAACAUGGUGCUCAUUUCAUAGAUUCUCAUCAUGAAGAUACAAGUACUCAGACUAAUGAUGACAAUCCCAUUCCCAAAUAUCCAGCUUCAUUUGUUGAAAUAAUGCAUUUAGUUGAUACAGGACAGCCAAUUCCAGGAGUGGUAGACUUGAAUAUAAAAUCAACAGAUUCUGAACCAACUGUUUCGCAUUUGAAGAGAAAACCUAAACCAUGGGAGGGGUAAAUAGUAAAGAUAGAACAUUAAAUGUUUCUCAGGAGGCAUAUCUUUCUUUAUUGCCAAGUGAAAAAUUUGUGACAUGGAUAACAAUAGGUGGAAUUGUGUUCAUGUCAUAAACAAGUGAACUUUAUUUCAACAUAUCAUGUGAAAAUAACUACCGCUAUCGAUCACUGAAUUGUGUAGAAAAUUGAAAUGAAAAAAAAAGAAUGCACGUUUGCACCAAAGAGUACUGUACAUGUUAAUUAUUUGAGUGAGUAAGCAACAAUAAUUGGUAUUAGUUGAAAAAAGACAACUGGAUUCUGUGCACAGAUGGAUGGACGAACACACACACAGCUUGGUUCCAUUGUACACUUCCACCUUACUUUAUAUGAGGGGCUAAGUGCAGAAUUAUUUGAUGUAAUUGAAAAAUUUGUUUUUUUAUAACAAAUAAUUUUAUAACAUGUAAUUUAUUUUACAUCCUAAGUGCAAUUCAACAAUAUUUAAUGACAACUUUACAUUUUUACACAUAAAAAAUAUAGAAAAAAAGUGUUAUGUAGUUUGAUUUU